GUAGCCUAUAUAACCUCUUCUUCUUCUACUUCUUCAUCGCCGGAAAAGGUUUACAGUGGCCGUGGGGGAGGGGGUUUUACUCUGAUGUCCUCAGUUCGGAAUACAGUGGAUGGGAACUAGGGUUCCUGUACCGCACUACGAUUUGAGGCCGGCCGCUGCUUCUUACAUCGACAGCUCAGUCCACGACAACAAUGCUGCCGAGGGACUCGGCGGAGCAAGUGAUGACGUGGACCCAGGCAGCGGAGAUGCCAAGGAGGAUAGUCUCCAUAACGACGAAGAAGAUUCCGCAACUGUUGACUGCUUGCAUGAUUCCUUUCAGAACUCUUUACCACUUCACAUUGUAACCGUGGAGGACAAUCAAAGUAGCGUAUCUAAUAGUGGAUCUUCUAGUGGCUCUUACAACAUUGUAACCAUUGACGAUGUUUCACCAAUUGAGUCAGCAAGAGCAAGAUUUCUGGACAUCAUCGUAGAUCAUUUUAUUAGUUCACAUGUAAUUGAGGUGUUCAAUACGGAACCAGACUGUGUUGUACAAUCUUCUCAAGAUAAAGCAAGCAAGAGGAAGUUGGGCAAAAUUCAACGUGAAGGUGAUCCUCGACAUGUUUUGCCUUUGAUGUAUGUGGCAAACAUGUAUGAGACAUUGGUUGCUGAGGUGAACUUGAGACUAUCUUCCUUGAGUGGAAUGCGGGAAAAAAACAUCGGUGUGGCCCUUGAAGCAGCUGGUGGUUUGUAUAGAAAGCUUGCAAAAAAGUUUCCCAGGAAUGGAUCUUGCACGUAUAAACGCCGAGAAUUAGCAACUUCUUUUGAAACACGGUCAAGGUUUCCAGAAUUAGUUAUACAAGAGGAGAAGCGUGUCCGUUUUGUGGUUGUUAAUGGUCUAGCUAUUGUUGAGAGACCAAUGAGUAUGCUAAUCGAUGAUAUUGAGUGGUUCAAAAGAUUGACAGGUCGCAGUGAAGUAUCAGUCUCCCCAAGAGAUUACAAGUUCUAUGCACCUAGACACAAGUACAGACGUGUAGCAUCAAACCCCAUUCCAAACAUGCAUACAUUCCCGACAUUCACAGGAACAGAUAGUGUUUCUCCUCCUAUGAGUGCAGCUCAAGGUUACCAUUCUGUAAGUGAGCCACAGAAUAGCCACCAGAUUCCUCCACAAGAGCAGCAGCAGCAGCAGCACAUGCAGGCAACAUCACAUCAGGCUCAAUUUCACCCCCUUCAGCAGAGCCACCUCCAGCAUCAGAUGAACCAAAACCAACUCAUUGCCCAUUUGUCUCAUUGCGGACCUCAUUCACACUUGUCUGAAAUCGUGCAUUCUCAGCACUCUGCCACCAUUCCCACUACUCACAUGUCUCCCUUGCAACCCAUAGGUCAUGUUGGAGGGCGUAUGCAUUUACAGCCAGUUGGUCCUGCAAAGUUCUGUGAUGAAUGUGGGGCCCCUUACUUGAGGGACACAUCCAAGUAUUGCUCCGAGUGCGGUGUGAAGAGGUUAGGAAUUUGAUUUGUGAAACACACCAAAGGGGUACAAAUUUCAUGGCAAGGCAUAUGGUUGGCUACUCAUGGCAUUUGUGAAUGUGUCGAAGUCGAGACAAAACUUCUUUCUAGCUCUUAAGGUGACAUUUUUGUCUUGUUGUAUUAUAAAGAGGGAAAAUAGGUUGUAUUGUACGUUGUACAAAACAUAUAACAAGAUAGAUCAAGAUCAAUGUGCUUCAAGAAAACGACUUCAUCUUU